AAUCAACAUAACCUUGUUUCGAAAAUCGUAAGUGAGGAUAACCGAGAAUUUUAAAGUACAAUUUUUAUAGUGAAGAAAUUCUUAGUUGAACGUAAAGCGAUAAAGUUAUUAAUAGUAAUUAUAGAAACGCAAUUUUGCAAACAAAAACAUACGAUAUUUGACUAUGUUCCAACGGCUCUGGUCUUCUAGUUCUCGUCGUUUUUCGUUACUAUCCAGAGUUUGGAAUGGGCCACAAAAUAGUUUGUCUGGCAAACAAGCAGAAGAAAAAAUGGUAGCUAUUCUACGAUCCAAAUUUCCUCAGGCUAAAGUUAUUGAAGUUUGUGAUGUAUCUGGAGGAUGCGGUGCCAUGUUUGAAGUAAAUGUGAUUACUCUUGAAUUCAAAGGCUUAAAUACUGUCAAACAACAUCGUAUUAUCAAUGAUGCAUUAAAAGAUGAAAUCAAAGAUAUGCAUGGCAUUCGAAUACACACAGGCACUCCUGAAUCAUAGGUAGUCAUUGUUUUCUAUUAUUAAUUCAUUAAAAAGUUAUUACACAUGUACAUAUACAUUAGUAUCAUUAAAAAUAUGGUUUUAUUAUAGUUUUCCUACCUCAAUAGCACAUAUUGAAAUUGUUGUUAGCAUCAAACUACUUUGAAAUAUGUAUUUUGAGACAAUCUUUGUUCAAAUAAAUG